AUGUCUCAAAAGAGUUUACCAGGCGAUAAAUGUGGGACAUUGGAUACCUUAACAGAAUUAGAGAAGUGUAUUGUUUCCAUUGCCAAAGAGAAAAGAUGGAAGGAAAUCAUUCCAAAAGAGUGGUCUUUAAUUGAACUUGCAUUAGUUACGUUCAAAGAAAGUUCAGAAACGGAUGAUAUGACCGAACGUAAAAGAAUAAUGUCAGUGGAGGAGCUCGAAAGAGAAUACUGGAAGACUGAGAAAGGAAAUACUAAUAAAAUUCAAGAUGCUCUUCGCUUUCUCUCCGAUACUGGAGUAAUUCUUUUCUUCAAUGAAAAGGACUUAUCUGACACCAUAGUUGUUGAUGUUCAAUGGUUUGUUGAUACAUUUAAAUUCAUAAUAUCAGACAAGAACCAUGUCAGAGACUUAGCAAAAACUGACAAUGACUGGCAGUAUUUCCACAGGACUGGGUAUCUUAUGGGCAACUUUCUUCAUCGAAUUUGGGAAAGCUUAUCUAUACGCUCUUGGGAUAGUCCGACCAUUUUGCAAUACAUGCAAAGACUAGGAUUGCUGGCGAUAGGGGAAGAAAAACACUACGUCCCUUGUAUGAACAAGAAAGACUUUGGUAGAAAAGAACAGGACACCUUACGGGAAAUGGAAACUAAAUCUUCUGUGUUGGUGCUGCAUUUCGACUUUUUACCGUUCUUUUUCUACUGUCGAUUGAUAGUUGCCUGCAUUGUGGGAACAGAAUGGAAGGUGUUGGAAGAUGAUGGCAUUCCAUGCUUAUAUAAAAACAUAGCAAUUUUUGUAUACAAAGACCACCUAAUUGCCUUGGUUGUGACGCAAACUGCAAUUCAAGUCCAGAUCUUGAGACCACAAAACUUGCCUAUUGAUGCUGAUAUCGCAGUGCAUAUUAAAGAGACUCUGGAAAAUAGACUUGGAUACUUAACAAGUACUUUUCACAAAAAGGUUGCAUAUAAGGUUGCAUUUCAGUGUUCAGACCAAGAAGUGUUUUGCGAUAAUGUAGGGUGCUACGUAUAUGAAGAAGAAAUAUGUAAGAAAGGUCAAAUAUUAUGUCCAAGACAUGGAUUUACAGGAAAGCAUAUGAUAAACGAAGACGCUUUGACAAAAUUCUGGAAAACGAGCUCACCAUCUGUUUCCUGUACUAAGUCUGGGAAAGUUCCAUUGACAAACGAGGAGAAGCUUCAAAAGCUUAUAACACUGGGGAGAGAUGCAAUGCAGGUGUAUUUUGAUACAAUGUUUCCAUCAGAGGGUUUACAAAAAUGUCUCAAAGGUAACAAGGAAUCCCUUUGUAAUGGCCCUUUAGAUUCACAGCAACUGAAGUUAACAUUGUUUAUCCAGCUUCCGUGGCAGUUGUAGAGUCCUCUUUGUUUGAUGUCCCCAUCAUGUACAAAUUAUUGAGAAAUUUCGGAAACAGCGUUCCUCCGCCAACUAAUAAAUGGGGAAAGGAGCCGGUGGUUGGACAGAAAACUCCUGGUGACGACAUUGAGAGAAUCCACAAGUACAGGAACAGGCUCUGUCAUAAUCAAUUUAAUACACAAAACAUGGAUGACGAUGAUUUUGUUUUCUACUGGGAAGAACUGACACAGGCAAUAUUGAGACUCACAAAAGGAUCUUUUAAAAGCAGAAUUAACACCAUUUGUCAGUAGAUUACAAAGAAUCAACUAGACAGAAGAAAAAAAGAAGAAAAUAAAGAGAGGUGAUGAACAUGACUUACCUCAGAGGAAAUCAAAAGACUGUAAAAAAUCCCUUUUAAAUUCUUUUGAAUUAGUCUUGCAUUCAAUUUUUAUUUUAUAAUUAUGAUAAAUGUUAACGAUCUCUUUAAUGUGAUCAUCAGGAAUGAAAAUGAAUAACUGCCUGUUCUUGUUUAAAGAUCGAUGAUUAA